AUGCUGCCUCCAUUGCCCCUGGCCGGCGCAUCACCCGCUUCUGCUUCUGCAUCGGCAUCCUCCUGGCGCACUGAGCGUGGCAGGAGCAGCGAGAGAGGGAAAUCGGAUCCUGGCGGCUUGAGCUUUGAAGAGAGAGCAAGCCGCUUGGCUGCCAUCCGCGAAGCGGAAAGAGACGAACAAGCGGCCAAGCAGAAAGCUUUGGCCAAGCAGGCCAUUGAACUCUCCAAGGCUGCAGCUGGCCUCGCAGGCGCUUACCAAGAUCGGUGGCGUUCUCCACGUGAGGUUCGAGAUGGAGAUGCAGCAAAGAAUAUCGCCAAUCUUCGAUGUGCAAUGGAGGAUUUACGACGCGAAUGUAUCGAAGCAAGAGCUCCAAGCCCGUUGGACACCACCGUAGAAACCGCAAGCGAAACAACCAUGAAAGGUGCCGGUAAAGGCCCAAGCCAACGUCCGCGAGCUUCUUCCGGCUGGAGGCAGCCGUUCGGUGGAAAAGGUGAAUCUUUCGGUAAGGGUACCACCUUCACUGAACGUCCCAGUCGUGACCUGCAUCCUCAGCGGAUGGUUUUUGGUGGGUAUUCAAAAGAACGAGCCUCAUACGUCGCUAGCCACAAGGUUGCCGAGAGGGUCAGGAAGAUGGGAGAAGGCCCAGAACGGCGAGCGAUCCCCCCAGUACAGAGUUCAGAUGCUGACUAUGACUGGGAAGAUGAAGACUGGUACGAAGGUGAGUGGGGUGAUGGCGAUUGGGGUGAUGCUUGGGGAUGGUAUGGCUGGGAUGGCUGGGACGAAGGGUGGCAAUGGUAA